GCAAAACCGGCAUUAGUUAGGACUCUGAAGGCCUUUAGACUGUUUCGUUCUUGCUAUCCAGAUUUUCAUUUUACUCAAACUCGUGUCGAUAUUUUUAUUUGUGUUGCUAAAUACUAAUAAUACAAUUUACAUCAUAUUAAGUUUUUUUUUUAGUGUACUGUUAAUUGAUUUUAAUUUUUUUUAAUAUUUUUAAUUAAGAUAAUUAAAAACCGAAAGUGGAAAUUAAACGGUGAAUUAGACACGAUGGGAUGGAUACGGUUAUGAGGGGCUUACUCAACUUGUACGGUAAAUGUUGAGGACCUGAUUUAUGGAUAAAUUUACUGACAUGACGUAUCAGUGGGGUGUAUUAUCGUGAUCAAAACGACCGGCACAGCCGACUGACAGCAGAUGUGAGCAUUGUCGCUUCAGUGACUCGAUCCCUUAUGGCCAGUGUUGAUAAAUAAGCCUAUACUACAUCUACAUACAUACAUAUAAGUGUUAUAUCAUUAUAUUAUACCAGCAGACUGACAUACGGAUCUCGAUUACUUCAGUAAAAAGAAAAAAAUAAAAGAAUUUAUCAGCAUGCAGUAAUUAUGAUGAAGGGAUUAUUAUUGUUUGAAAUAUUGAUGUUACAACCGGUCAAUAGUUAUCACUAUCAUCAAAGAUCAAUCCGGAAUGGGUAGACGAUCAGGCGCGUGGUCCAGAGGAUCUAAUAAAAAAAGUGUCUUAUUUUACACGACUGACUGCGGAGGUGAAGACGAGAAUGACGAUAUCGCGCUAAGUCUACAGCAGCGUUCAGCUUCACUGACGGCGCUGCAUAGCGUGGAGCCAGCUGUUUCGUCGCAGCAAUUUCUGCUACAGGAGCCUAGAAUGGCGCAAUUGGAGACUUUGGAGGCUAAGAUGGCGAGCAUCGAAGUUUCCCUGUCCACCACAACACCCAGGAGGAAAAAGGGUGGAAGUCUUACCGGUGCAAUAACCUUGUCUGCCGGUCACAAGAACAGAGAUUACUAUAAAGAGGUCGACGCUCUUAGGGUUGCCCUUCGGGACAAGGAAAACGUUAUUCAAACUCUCAAGAGCCAACUGUGUAAUAAUCUAAGUAAUCGGCUAGCUUUAAGAAAUGGAGUAAUUCAAAGUCCGCUUAAUGAAACCGAUAGAAAAGCCACUGAAGAGCGAGUUCAUAAGCUGGAACGAGAGGCCGAUAAUAAACGGCUGGCCAUUAAAAAUCUUAAGCUUGCUUUAGAGAGGCUAGACAUUACCGACAACAUUGACACAAGGAUUCAACAAGCGGAAUUAGAAUAUCGAUUAGGCCGGGAAGAAUUGGAGCUACUCUCGGUGAUGGAAGAAAUGAGAGCACUGCAAGCGGCAUUGGAGUUUGCAGAAACUCAAGAGAAACAAAAAAAUGACUCUAUUUUUAGCUGCAUAAACGAAGCCCGGGGAACAAAGUCAAUGAAUUUGUCAGUGUUUGCCAUUGAAGUGAGCGCUGAUCCCAAAAGCCCAAGAUUUGGAGCAGGUCCACGAGACAAUGCUCCUGGAUUGUAUGUCGAUUGGGCUGUCGAGGACUCUGGUCUCCAGAAAGAAGAUAGAUUAUUGGAAGUUAACGGAAAGCUGGUGGUGACUGCAUCAGCUGCAGAUUUGUCAAGAUUACUGGCAGUCACUCCCGAAGCGGCACAUAUAGUCGUUCUGAGAAAAACUAAUGACUCAUUAGCGGCAUUACGAGCCCUCAGAUCGGAAAAUCUCCGUCUUAAUCAUCGCAUUAGUUAUCUGGAAGAGCAAGUACGUGAUUUGCUAUCAUCCCCUGUAAGGAAAGUCUCCCCUGUUGUCGAUUCAACGGCUCAUCGACCAGACGUUCAAGUCUUCCAAAAAGGCCCACAGAUGUCACUGAUAACAGGGAAGAAAACAAUGCAGAGUUUAUCACCGUCCUUAAAAUUAAAUAGUCCAGAAACUCGUGAGCAAAGUUUGCCGUCUUACCCCACAAAAUCGACCCGAAGCGAUGGAAAUUUGCGCACGCGAAGACAUUCAACAGAUUUGCUAUCAUCUUCAUCGCCGAACUUCAACAAAUUGCAGUCGGAUUUAAACUACAAGCUGAUGUCGAGUAAAAACCAGCGUAAGAGCUCAGACCGAGAAGCAAAAUUGAGCUCGCGAGUAUCUUCAGCAGCGGAAGCUCUGGAUUAUUACCCGGAUAAUGAUCAGUAUCAUCAGAGGCGGAAAAGCAGCACAAGUUUAGCUUGCUAUCAAUUAGGAUUAACCUCCUCGGCAAUUGAAUUUGAUUCAGAGCCAAUCUACUACCGGGAGUGCGGAAACAACCGCGGUAAUGAAGACACGCAAUCAACUUGCUCGAGUUAUUUAAUUACGGAAAACCCCGGCGGUAUGGAGGAGCAUAAUAAGAGACCUCCAUUGACAGUGAUGCCAAUUGGAGUCCCUAAGAAACCUCUCAGACUCUCAUUACACCGCGCUACAAGUCUUCAAUCUGUCGAGAGUGCACCGCCCACGCUUUCGACAGCUGCAGCUUCUGCUGCUAGGAAGUCCCUUAAAAGGAACUAUCACGAUGACGCGGGAAAUGGCCUGCUGGAAAAUCAUCACAAGAACAGACUCGAGAUUUUUAAUGCUGAUAGGAAGAAUUAUUAUGAUACUGAUUGUUACUCGCAAACUUCUUCCGCUUCUACUUCUCAGCUUCAUGUUCUGAAAACUGCUAAUUCAAGGACUGAAUUAACGGGGAAGAACAAUCAGUGGACUCCUCCUAAGUCCAGGAGGUCCAGGUCGCAUUUUUCUUCCCUUACUAUGAAUAAGUGGUGUUGAUUUUUUAUACCAAAUUAGUUUUUUUAGGUUUAUUUAUAAGAUUUUUUUUA